AGUCGGGUGGUCAGUUUCAACGCGGACCGCCAAAGUCCAAAGAUAAGCACUACACAAUUCAUACAUAACAUUAACAUAGCACCCCUCAAAUAUCUUCUUCUGUUUUCUCAUUUUCUCUCUCCUCCAUUUUUGUCUUCUGAAUUUGAUCUUUUUUUUCUUGCAUCCCAUCAUCUUAAGUUGAAACUCCGUAAAUAAAAUCAAAUACAGAGUACCAAGUAUUAUUCGUUCGUAGUUUAAGUUUGUUUUUCAAAUAUUUCCUACUCGUUUUGUCGGGUUUAAUACUUUAAUUUAAAGGUUAAACUAGAAAAAAGUGUUGGUUUGUUUGGCAUGAUCUUUAUUUGUAGAGGUAGAAAACAACUUUUUUGUCCAAAUUUGGGUUUACCCUUUUUGCCACUUGAUAAGAUCGAUCUUCAAAUUUGUUGGGGUUUAUUUCUGAAAGUAACUAAAUACACAAAUGCAAGAUCCAGCAACAACAACAGCAGUAUUUCAACAGUUGAACACGCCACAAUUUCCGGAGCAAGAGCAGCUAAAAUGCCCGCGUUGCGACUCAGCUAAUACCAAAUUCUGCUACUACAACAACUAUAAUCUCUCGCAACCCCGCCAUUUCUGUAAGAGCUGUAAGAGGUACUGGACCAAAGGCGGUUCUCUGAGGAACAUCCCAGUCGGAGGCGGCAGUCGUAAGAACACUAAACGUAUUUCGUCCAAACGUUCUUCAUCUUGUUCUUCAGCUGCGGCUCAGACACUGUCGCCGUCGUCGGGUCUGAUUUCGGAGCACAAACCCGUUUCAACUGUCGGUCAAGAAAUCGAGACGGGUUUUCGCUUUCCAGACCCGGCAGGAGGUGGGGGAGCCGGAGGGAGCUUCACCUCCAUGUUGGGACUCGCUUCGGAGGGACAAUUCGGUUCCUUAUUCCUAGAAAGUUCAGGCCCGAAUGGGUUAAGGUUGGGUCAAGAUGACGAUUCAAGCCGAAACCCGGGUUUGGAACUGCUUCAUGGGAGUGGUGGUUCAGCAUCAGAAGGGUUGUUCAUGAGUGAUCAAUCAUGUAAUUGGGGGACUACUAAUGGCCAUGGCUGGUCUGAUCUUACAAUUUACACUCCAGGUUCUAAAUUCCAGUAAAAAUAAUACACUAGUUUCUAUUUUGGGUGUUUUUUUUUUAAUAUAUAAUUAUAGAAAGAUGAUGAUUUUUCCUUGCUAGGGUUAUGAUUAAUCAUCUAAAAUUAGAGGAGUUAAUUAUUAAAAUUCCUUAUUAGGAAUUAAUUGGUUUUAUGUAUGGUGGGUUUAACUGCAAUUUCUGAUUCUAGAAGCCUAGAAGAUGACAUCUUAUUAUAUUUACACAUAAAAUUCUCUUGA